ACCAAGGCUUACAAGGGACUAUGCAGUUCUACAUCAAACUGUAUAAAAACUCUCAUUAUGCAUUUGCCUGUGUUGUUGCAGGGCUAAAUCUUUAUUAUUGGUAGAGAAUAUGCACAUUGCUGCACGUGCACGCGUGAGGAAACGAGGAUACCCUGCUGCCGCUGCAACAAGAAAGAGAGAGGGGGACUCUGCCGUGCUUUCAUCAAUAUAAUCACCAUCCUAAGUACUAGCUCUUAACAUUUUGUUUUUCGGUGUUCAGGCGAGAAGUGACAAGAAUAUAGACCCCUCCUCUGCAGGGCGGAGCGUGCAUUUUCAUUUCGUAUUUUGUAUUUUUUUAUUUUUUUUUCUACCCCUGUUCCCUGCUCUGACACGUCUGCACUGAGUGAGUGGCAUUGGCACACUGUCAAUCGCUCACUACCGCUGCCAUCAAACAACAUAAAACACACACAGGCAGAGGCUGGAGCUCAUAAAUUUCAGCAGGGCAAGAUAUUUUUUUGCGCAUCGCCUUUAUACAGCGUUGUAUCCUAAUUAAUUUCUUCUCGCUUUUUUUUCUAAAACAGAAAAUCUCCCAACUUUUUUUGUACAUUUCAUAUUUUUUAUAGUCACAUUUGGACACCUUAUGCCGCAGAUUGUGUAUUUUUUUUAACGCUGUCAGUUGUCGCGGGAAUCAUUUCUGUACAUUUAUAGUUGGUAACACCUGCGAGAUUUUUUUUUAUUUGUUUACACGUUUCCACAUUGGAUAUUUUUUUUGUUGACGGUGCUUCACUAGCAGGAUUUGGACAUUUUGGAAGAGGAAUGCGCCGGGAAUCCCAUGAAGAGCGCUAAUAAAUGAGAGAUCACCAAGGAGCGUUUCUGUCUGUACCAGCCGUCAAAUCCCAGAGAAAAGACAGAUUGGCAUGAGGAUUCGUGCGGGAUACGAUGGACCGUCAAUUCUGACAAAGAAGUGCUAAGAAGAAGAAACAAGAUUUAUGCAUUUUUGUACAAACACAGACACGCGUUUUGGCACUUUGGACCGCGCGUAAAAAAGCGAAAGGACAGCAAGAACUUGGACACAAUAUUUACGCUAAAACAUCACCACUAGGCUUUUUUUAAAAGACGUGUGUGCUCUGUUACCGCUGAAGAACCACAGCCGUGCAUCCUUCUUGUCUACGGCAUAUGUUAUAACCGAUUUCGUAUAUGAGUUUUUCAAUUUGUGUGGCUCAGUGCACAGACUCUUUAGCGGCUACUAUGGACGAUCAAGCCCGGAUCAUGCAGUCGAUCGGCGGUGUCAGUCUGGCCGGCCACUCGGUACAAGGAGGCAUGGCACUGCCGCCUCCACAUGGACACGAUGGGACAGACGGAGACGGAAGAAAACAAGACAUUGGUGACAUUCUCCAUCAAAUAAUGACCAUAACUGAUCAAAGUCUGGACGAGGCGCAAGCAAAAAACAGGAAACAUGGACUGAACUGUCACAGAAUGAAACCAGCACUCUUCAGCGUUCUCUGUGAAAUCAAAGAAAAGACAGGUCUCAGCAUCCGUGGUGCCCAAGAGGAGGACCCCCCAGACCCCCAGCUCAUGCGCCUAGACAACAUGCUGCUGGCAGAGGGCGUGGCGGGACCAGAGAAAGGCGGCGGAUCCGCUGCCGCCGCAGCUGCAGCCGCGGCCUCCGGCGGGGCGGCCGACAAUUCCAUUGAACAUUCCGACUACAGAGCCAAACUCACCCAGAUCAGACAGAUCUACCACACGGAGCUGGAGAAAUACGAACAGGCAUGUAACGAAUUCACUACCCAUGUGAUGAACCUGCUGAGGGAACAGUCUCGCACGCGGCCCAUCUCUCCCAAAGAGAUUGAGCGCAUGGUGGGAAUCAUUCACCGUAAAUUCAGCUCCAUCCAGAUGCAACUGAAACAGAGCACCUGUGAAGCUGUCAUGAUCCUGCGCUCCAGAUUCCUUGAUGCCAGGCGGAAAAGGAGAAACUUCAGCAAGCAGGCGACGGAAAUUUUGAACGAAUACUUCUACUCGCACCUCAGCAACCCGUAUCCAAGCGAAGAGGCUAAAGAGGAGCUGGCCAAGAAGUGCAGCAUCACAGUUUCCCAGGGGGUGGGAAGCACCAUCACAGUAUCACAGGUAUCCAACUGGUUUGGCAACAAAAGGAUCCGGUACAAGAAAAAUAUCGGCAAGUUUCAGGAAGAAGCCAACCUGUAUGCUGCCAAGACUGCUGUAAAUGCGGCACACGCUGCAGCCGCUGCAGUGCAGAACAGCCAGGCCAACUCCCCUACCACACCUAACUCCGGAUUCCAGAUGAAAGAUGAAGAGUUUCAGCUGGAUUCUGCAGAGAGCAAAAACACUCUUUUAACCAACAUGUUUACUGGUUCUUCAGGUUCUUUUAACCUCCCAAACUCUGGGGACAUGUUCUUGAGCAUGCAGAGUCUGAAUGGGGAUUCUUACCAAGGGGCACAAGUCGGAGCCAAUGUACAGUCACAGGUAGGAUCAACAAUCAGGGACAGUUCCUGACUACCAGCGCAGAGAGCUGUCCUUGUCUUGCCUGUGUACUGAGCCAUCCACAGUGCAGUCUGAAGCACGUUAAAAUAGAAAAUAAGACAAAAAAAAAAACACGCUGCCCAUGCGAAGGGGGCAGUUCAAAUUACAACAGCGAGGCCUCCCAUAACCUCCGAUUGACUAAAGUGUUUACUGACUAUUUCGCUUUGGAUGGAAUAUUUUGGCAGCCAAAAUAUAAUCCCACCCCACUGCUAUCAUGCCGCAAAGCAAUUUCCUGGUUACUAUUCCAAACAUCUAAACAUUUUUGUGAAUGCAUUUGGCUUUGACUUGAACUCUUGGGUUGGUAUUGGGUUUUUGGUACUGUGUUUUCCCCUUUUUUUCUGUAUUCUCUAUAUUGCUAUCUUCCUGUCUCAUCUUGUUAUCGUUUGUUGUUGAUGUCUUCCAUUUUGUAAGUUUAACGCAGCUGCACAACACAAUCGCAACCAUGCAGAAAAAAAAUCUGCGCUUACUCAUGAUUUAAGUAAAAUAAAUGCUCAUUUUAAACAUACAUAUUUGUAAUAUUAUUGUAACUUAUGCUUUUGUUUAUUAUUUCAUAGCCAUAAUAGAGGAUGUCAUAGAUCUGAGCAUGCUAGUAACGUCAGUAUGCCUUUGUUUCAUUAGAAAAUCUAUUAGCUGUGUUACAAAUGUGCUGUCUCAGGAGUCCCUUUGUGAUUUCACACUAGUCAGUAUCUGUUGCUUCACUGAGCAUGUUUACAGUUAGUGCUGACCUGCUUUGAGACACUGAGUUGACCAGCUUGUCCACCUUGUCUGU